AAGUGCCCUCUCUUAUCUCUUGGUUAUACAUUUUACUAAAGAUUGAAUGUAUUUUUUGAUUUGCUUGUCUUUCUUUUAGUCUUGUUUUACCUUCUGCAUUUUCAAAAAUAUGUGCUAGAAUUUUAUCACGAUUUAAUUAUGUUUAUUGUGUUAAUGUGCUCGAAACCGGGUUGUAUUUAAUUAUCUCUUUCUGAACGUUGACGCUGUUACCGCUGUAGUUUUAGGUUAUAUUUUGUCGUUUUCGGCGUUCGAGAAUGGCAGAGUACCUAGCUGCUAUAUUUGGUACUGAAAAGGACAAAGUUAAUUGCUCCUUUUACUUUAAAAUUGGAGCAUGUCGACAUGGGGAUCGCUGUUCCCGUAUUCACAAUAAACCAACAUUUUCACAAACUGUUCUACUACAAAAUUUAUAUGUAAAUCCACAAAAUUCUGCUAAAUCCGCUGAUGGCAGUCAUUUGGUCGUAGCAAAUGUGUCAGAUGAAGAAAUGCAAGAACACUAUGACAAUUUUUUUGAAGAUGUGUUUGUGGAAUGUGAAGAUAAAUAUGGUGAAAUAGAGGAAAUGAAUGUGUGCGAUAACCUCGGUGAUCACUUAGUUGGGAAUGUAUACAUUAAAUUUCGACGUGAAGAGGAUGCUGAGAAGGCUGUGAACGAUUUGAACAAUCGUUGGUUCGGUGGUCGACCAGUAUACGCCGAGUUAUCCCCCGUCACCGAUUUCCGCGAGGCUUGCUGCCGUCAGUACGAAAUGGGAGAGUGCACGCGGAGUGGCUUUUGCAAUUUCAUGCAUCUUAAACCAAUCUCAAGAGAACUUAGAAGAUAUUUGUACUCGCGACGUAAAGGCGGGCGGCGGUCACGUAGCCGAUCGCGCGAACGCCGCCGUCGCUCGCGAUCGCGCGAUCGUCGUCGCGAGCCGCCUCGCAACUCACGCUCUGGUCGUUACUGACCGCGCCCUCUGUGACAGCCGCGACAACAGCGUCACCCAACUCAUGCAGACACCGUGAACGCGUUCUAGUGAUUCAUUACUACAUUCAAGUAUUUAAACAAUUGGUAAAUGAAUUUAUUUGUAGAUCUGUUUAUACUAAUAAGUUAGAUGAGAGAUGUUGUUGACUAGCUAAUCUUAUGCUUAUGAUAGUCUAACAUAUGUACAAAUAUAAUCAUUUGCCACUUGUAUAAAAUGAUAGAUUAAAUUUGUCGGAUCUACGAGAUACAACUUACUGAUUCAAAUUUAUUUGUGAGGGAUGGAGUCACGGAAGAAAAAACGGACUGACAGUGUUGAUUCCAUUCUUAUUUAUAUGUUGGUUUUGUGCUGAACGGACUAUUACACACAGGUAGGUCGUAACUAUGUAGUGCAAGCUCAAAAAUGUUGUCAUAAAGUAUUUUUUAUUUUCUGUGUAGUGAGUACUACAAAAUACUAAUUCCUCUGUCCACUGUAAAUCAUAAUUUUGUAUAAUUGUAUGUUUAACUACCGAUACCACCUAAUUGGCAUUGAAAAAUAGUUACAUAGUUUUUUUUAGCUAAAAGAAUGUGUAACUUUCUUUUUUACAUAUUACAAAGAUAAAUAAUUUUUAUUUUAAUAUGUUGAGAAUCAUUAAAAUCAACAAUGUCACUUUUUAAUUUUAUCUUUGAAUAAAUUCAGAAUUGGGAUGUAUUCCAUAUCUGCUGUAAAAUUUUGUCUAUGUUAGGAGAUAUUGGCGGUUAAACCUUGAAUUUUUUGUUUUAAAUAAUUAACUACAUCAUAGUAUAAAAAGAAUAAUGGAGUAAACUUUUUUUUAUUAUUAUAUAAAUUACAUAAAUUUUAUAAUAUAGCAUUUUUAAAGUCACCUAAAUAGUGAAAGGAAACAGCUUGCGUGUUCACAGUGUAUUGAGGUUAUUGAUAUGCAUAUUGCAAUAACGCAUAAGUCACUCUGAGAAAGCAUUAAAAUUAAAUUGGUUUUCUAUUAAUUUUAUGUCGAAUAUAUAAUUGUAUUGUGAUUACUCUUGAUUAGUGCGUUAUUGUGGUAUUUUAAUAUUGUAAUAAGAAGUGUAUUAAUAAUUAUACGUAAGAAUUUG